AUCUAUCCCGUACUCCACUCGCUGUUGGGCCUCAGCCCGCCACGCAUCCCACCCGCACGGCCUCGCCCUAGGGUUUCUCCGUCUCUCUCUCUCUCUCUCUCUCUCUCUCUCCCCCGUUUCUCUCCUCCCAAUCGAAUCGGAAUCCAUGGAGUCGUCGAGGUCGCGGAAGCGCACGCGUCAAGAGUUGGACAGCACCGGCGACCCGCCGCCGGAGCGGGAGGUGGUAGCAAGGGGUGGCGCGUCGCCGCCUUGGCGGGAUGACGACCGCGACGGCCAUUACGUGUUUGAUCUCGGCGAGAACUUGACCCGUCGGUAUAAAAUCUUGAGCAAAAUGGGUGAAGGUACUUUUGGCCGAGUUUUGGAAUGCUGGGACCGUGAAACACGUGAAUAUGUUGCAAUAAAAGUUGUCCGAAGCAUCCGGAAGUACCGGGAUGCUGCAAUGAUUGAGAUCGAUGUGCUCAAUCGCCUUGCAGAAAAUGAGAGAUACAGAUCCCUCUGUGUCCAAAUUCAAAGAUGGUUUGACUAUCGCAACCAUAUAUGCAUUGUAUUUGAGAAGCUUGGGCCAAGCUUGUAUGAUUUUCUAAAGAGAAAUAGAUACCAACCUUUCCCUGUGGAACUUGUGCGGGAGUUUGGACGACAACUGUUGGAAUCUGUAGCAUAUAUGCAUGAAUUACGCCUUAUUCACACUGAUCUGAAGCCAGAAAACAUACUCCUUGUAUCUUCCGAAUAUAUAAAGGUUCCAAGUUCCAAGAAGAAUUCACAAGAUGAGAUACACUUCAAGUGCUUGCCAAAGUCCAGUGCCAUAAAGCUGAUAGAUUUUGGUAGUACUGCCUUUGAUAAUCAGGAACAUAACUCGAUUGUUUCUACGAGGCAUUACAGGGCACCUGAAAUAAUCUUAGGCUUAGGCUGGAGUUUGCCAUGUGAUAUUUGGAGUGUUGGUUGCAUCCUCGUUGAGCUAUGCUCGGGGGAGGCAUUAUUUCAGACACAUGAGAACCUGGAACACCUAGCAAUGAUGGAGAGGGUUUUGGGACCCGUACCAGAGCACAUGAUACGGAAGGCUAGUUCAUCAGCUCAGAAAUAUUUUAGGCGAGGGACACGUCUAAAUUGGCCUGAAGGUGCUGUUACAAGAGAAAGCAUCAGAGCAGUCAGAAAACUACACCGGCUAAAGGACUUGGUCGCGAGAAAUGCUGACCAUUCAAAGGCAUCGCUGGCAGACUUGCUAUAUGGUCUUUUAAGGUUUGAGCCUUCAGAGCGCCUUACUGCCCAAGAAGCUCUAGAUCAUCCAUUCUUCCGAAUUCCAGGUCCAACAUGACAAUUGGAAGAUGCUUUGAUUCCGCCGCUCGCCAAGAACAAUGCCUGGAGAAGCAGCGUGCACAAAACCGAGAGCAGAAUGCCUUUGGCUAAUCUCUAGCAUAAAGAUGAUAUAAGCCGAGCUAUGGUGCUUGUGGUGGUGGUGAUAAGCUGUUGUUCCAGUCGCUCAGGUGUAAUGUACAAUAGCAUUUUUCCUAGGGAGGUUAGUGUACUGGAUGCGACCUGUACAUUGUGAAGUUGCGGUGCACCACGGGUUGCCGUCUGAAUCCUGGUUUUGUAAUCGCACUACAAUGAUCACUGACCAAGGCAAGGCAGCCGUAAAGGAGGUGCUAGUAUUUUGCCUGCCUGUGCUAUGUUCUGUUUCUCGAGAAGUGUUUGACAGGGCUGAGAGUCCCUGCAAAUUCAGACCAUGCUGUUGAAAGUUGAAAUUAAUUCAAGUUGUAUGUUUUUAACUCUUCAAAAAACUGAAUUGUCGGAGACU